GUUUUGGGUCUCCGUUUGGUCUCCAUAACCUAGCUGAAGGGGACCCUCUCUCUUUUGUCUCCCCGUCUGGAGGCGCCGAUCAUUUGCGGUUCAGAGGGCGGGGGAAGAAGAUCUGAUUCUGAGAGUAUGGACAACACGCAACCACCUCCAGCAACGACGAUCACCGCAACACCGACACCGAUCAGACUGCCGCCUCACCAGCGCCAUGACCAACAGCACCAGCAGCAGCACAGCCUUCAUGGUGACGGCGACGCCAGCACCAAUAUCAGCACCACCGCCACGAUAACGACGAGCAGCGCCGCUGAUCUGUCGAGUAGCGAGCUCACCUUGGCCAAAUUUGUCCCUAUGGAGACCCCACCACAGCCGCCACCAGCGGCUUCCUCCGAGGCCACACGCCUGCGUCCAGCGCCUGGUUCUCAGGAGUGGGAGGCCCACAAAUCCAUGAUCAACGACCUGUACAUGGGUAGGAAUCUCAACCUCAACGAGGUCGUCGAGCAGAUGAGGCUGUCCUGUGACUUCAUCGCUACGCCCAGAAUGUACAAGGCACAGUUUGCCAAAUGGGGUUGGUCCAAGUACAACUGCAAGCGGAUGAGGAGAGACGUGUCUUCCGGCAAGCCCGUGGUGAGAUCCCAGGGCAAGUCAUGCUACCGGGUCAAGAAGCAUAGGGGCGCGGUGACGACAGCAGCAGAAAAGGAAAGACAGGACUCACAGGACUCGGGCACAAGCGCAAGAGUAGGUCCUUCAGGAUCUUCCUCAGCGCAGCAGACACAGGACUCAGGCGCAGUUGUAGAAGUAGGUCCUCGAGGAACCUCCUCCUCCUCCACCGCCACCACCAUGGGCCGGUCAGGCUACGACAAAACCAACAUGAGAGACGCACAGAACCCGCGCGUUGCUGGCACUAAGAAGGAGACAAAGGCUGCUGCCGAUCUCCUCACAGCGCAGCCUCACCCCGUUCUUGGCCCGAAACAGACCCAGAGCGCCAAGACGACCUCUGCAUCUUCCCAAGAGCAGGCCAUGUCUGCUGCUCCAAUGGCCCAGAGCAAGGCCCAGGAACGAUCCGACCUACCAUUCACGAUCCACGUACCUUUCGAGUGCGAAGGAGGACAGUGCGUUGACGCAGAGGACGAGAUUCCUGUGCCGUCUCUCGUGGGCCGGGGUUGGACCUUCUGGUCGUGAAAAUGGGGGGUAGCCAGUAUAGGGUGGUUGGCGGGUGUUUUAUUCUUCACGGCAGAGGUGACACCUACUUGCCUGGGACAACUUGGGAGAGAUGGAGCUAAAGAGGUUACACGAGUUGAUGUUGAAAGGACCGUGACUCACGCCUUUGGGGAAAAGGAAGAUCAGUGAGCAUCGGCAUGGAGUCUCCUCCCAUUUUUUUUAGAACCUUCACUCGAAGAGGAAGGGAAAAAAGGCGCCAGAGUGUGGUGAGGGCCACGUUUUGCUUGUGAUCAUCCAAGGACAUUCAGCAAGGCUCAGAGCGAUUGUCAAAUUGUGGGAGUCAACACUGAGUUUGGUCCAGGUCGCACAAACAAAUGAGUGAAAGAGAAAGACAGUACCGGUAAUCAGUCAGUCAGCCAGCCAGUCAAUCAGCUGGUCAAUUCAUAAUAAUAAUCAUUGAUAUUUUAAACUC